CAUCACCACGCCCCUUUUGCUUCGCCACGCCCCCGCCCGCCCUCUGACCCGGACCGCGGUCUUUUGCUGAUUCCCUCAGGUGCGGUUCGCAGAGGCGCCGAGGCCCCGGAGCCUGAGAGCGCGGUGCCCGUCGGGCCGCGUUCCCACACCGAGGGCCACCAUGGCCUUCUCCCAGGUGCAGUGUCUGGACGACAACCACGUGAACUGGCGAUCCAGCGAGUCGAAGCCCGAGUUCUUCUACAGCGAGGAGCAGAGGCUGGCCCUGGAGGCCCUGGUGGCCCGGGGUCGCGACGCCUUCUACGAGGUGCUGAAGCGCGAGAACAUCCGCGACUUUCUUUCGGAGCUGGAGCUUUCGCGUAUCGUGGAGGCCAUCGAGGUGUACGACCCGGGCUCUGAGGACCCGCGGGUCUCGGGCCGCCGCCCCGAACUCCAGGACAACGGAGGCGCGGAUGCCAGCGAGGAGACCAGUGCGGCGGGCGGGCCCCCAGCCACGGCCGAGCCGCCGCCCUCGCUGGAGUACUGGCCCCAGAAGUCGGAUCGCUCCAUCCCGCAGCUGGACCUGGGCUGGCCUGACACCAUUGCCUACCGAGGUGUGACCCGGGCCAGCGUCUACAUGCAGCCACCCAUCGACGGGCAGCCGCACAUCAAGGAGGUGGUGCGCAAGAUGGUCAGCCAGGCGCAGAAGGUGAUAGCUGUGGUCAUGGACAUGUUCACUGACGUGGACAUCUUCAAGGAUCUGCUGGAUGCUGGCUUCAAGAGGAAGGUGGCUGUGUACAUCAUUGUUGAUGAGAGUAAUGUCAAGUAUUUCCUGCACAUGUGUGAGCGGGCCCGCAUGCACCUGGGGCACCUCAAGAAUCUCAGGGUACGCAGCAGCGGGGGAACCGAGUUCUUCACACGAUCAGCCACCAAGUUCAAGGGUGUCCUGGCCCAGAAGUUCAUGUUUGUGGAUGGAGAUCGGGCCGUGUGUGGCUCCUACAGCUUCACAUGGUCAGCUGCAAGGACCGAUCGGAAUGUGAUCUCUGUCCUGUCUGGUCAGGUAGUAGAGAUGUUUGAUCGGCAGUUCCAGGAGCUGUACCUUAUGUCUCAGAGUGUCAGCCUCAAGGACAUCCCCAUGGAGAAGGAGCCAGAGCCAGAGCCCGUUGUGCUACCAUCUGUGGUACCUCUGGUACCCACGGGCACCAUGGCCAAGAAGCUCGUCAACCCCAAGUACGCACUCGUUAAGGCCAAGAGUGUGGAUGAGAUCGCCAAGACCUCCUCUGACAAGCAGGAGGUUACAAGACCCCCUGGGCUCCGGGGCCCUGCAGCGGCUGAGCGCCCAGGGGAUCUCUCUGAGCUGCUACCACCUGUCCACCCAGGGCUGCUCAACCUGGAGAGAGCCAACAUGUUUGAGUACUUGCCCACGUGGGUGGAGCCAGAUCCAGAGCCUGGCAGUGACAUCCUGGGCUACAUCAACAUCAUUGAUCCCAACAUCUGGAACCCCCAGCCCAACCAGAUGAACCGCAUCAAGAUCCGUGACACAGCCCAUGCCAGCGCCCAGCACCAGCUGUGGAAGCAGAGCCAGGGGGCCCGUCCCUGCCCAGCACCCUGCCCUCCCCCAACACCCUGCCCUCCCCCAGCACCCAGGGAUUCCCAGGAUGUGGUCCCAGCUGAGAACGGCUUCCUCCAGGGGAACCCUGAACCACAGGCUCCUGUACCUAAGCCCCGGACAGUCCCUGUGGCAAGUGUACUUGCCCAGGAUGGUAGUGAUAUUGGCUGGGCCCUGGACACCCCAGAAAAGAAGACACCCCAAAAUGGGAUAGACCCCAGGCUACCAAGCACAGCCAGCGAAAGCGAGGUCCCACAACAGCAGCAGUCAUCUGUGACGCAGGAUGACCCUGAUGGCCUGGAGACAGGACUCCCCAAUGGGCUGUAUGAUGAUGAGGAUGACGAUGACGACUAUGUGACCCUCAGUGAUCAGGACAGCCUCUCAGGCAGCUCUGGCCCUGGCCCUGGCCCUGGCCCUGGCCACCGGCGACCCUCAGUGGCUUCAUCCAUGUCAGACGAGUACUUUGAGGUGAGGGAGCGAUCAGUACCUCUCCAGAGACGCCACUCAGAGCAGAUGGCCAAUGGGCCAGGCCACCCACCCCGACGACAGCUGAGUGCCCCUCACGUAACCAGAGGAACCUUUGGUGGCCCCCUGAAUAGCCCCCUGUGGGCCCAGGGUCGGAGCAGAGAAGAUGUAGAUGCAUCAAGGAUACAGGGACAACGCCCCGUGGACAGGCAGGCUCAGGGCCAGCAUUUCCACCGACAUGGAAGCACUACCUCAAGGACCCCAGGGCCUCCCCGUUUCCGGCCUGCUGCUGAUGGUACCCAGAGCUCUUCCAAGAAAGCAAGCCCAGCUUCAGCAGGCCCCCACCACUGGCAGCCCAAGGGUAGCCCAACACCCAGAAUGCUACCAGAUCCUGGGAGCCCAAGGCCAACCCGAAACACUCGCCUCCGAGCAGAGCUCAGGACCACUGAGGAACAUCCCAGUCCCUUCGGAAUCCCAUACUCCAAAUUGUCUCAAUCGAAGCACCUAAAGGCCAGGGCAGGUGGCAGCCAGUGGGCCCCGUCUGACUCUAAGCGCAGGGCCCGAGACCACAAGGAACCCUAGCAGCCUAGAUGGACCCAACCCCGCCCCAGAGGGCAGCAGGUGGGGGUGGGCAAUAUUGGCGCUCACCUGGUCAGUGCACCAGUACCAGGUGGCCAUGAUGGUCAGACCAAAGGUCAUCCCGGUCCACGGGAGGUCUCCUGUGGAAGGGUCCCGGAACAUAUGCAUGGCGUCUGCUCGCGGCAGGUGGCAGGUGGUGUUGGGGAUGGUCCUGGAGGGGAUGGCCUGGGCAUAUGCCGCCUCCAGCUGCUCAUAACCACCGAUCUGGUUGAAAGCUGGAGGGUGGGGCAGAGUGGGUUGGUUUUGGGUGGUUCUGACUCCCAGGAUCCUCCUACUCUCAUCUCACAGAUAACUUCAUGCAUGAAACUGGAACCCCUACCUCAUCUUUCCUGCUCCAGGAAGGAUUGAGGUUUAAAAAAAGAAAAAAGGUGAAA